AUGGCUGAAGAUCAAUUCUAUGCCAUGAAUGAAGGAGAUGGCCAUCAAAGCUAUGCAAAGAAUUCAUCUUACCAAGGAGGAGUAACGGAGGCUGCAAAAGAAAUCAUCAAAGAAGAAAUUAGCCAGAAACUUGACAUUGAAAAUCUCUCUUUAACUUCUACUAAUUCUAUACGCAUUGCAGAUUUCGGAUGCUCUUCCGGGCCUAAUACAUUCAAUGCAAUGCAAAUUAUAGUUGAAUCAAUAAAGAAAAAAAUUGAAACAGUUUCUCAUCAGAUGCCUGAGUUUCAGGUUUUCUUUAAUGAUCGGACCUCCAAUGAUUUCAAUAUUCUGUUUGCUUUACUUCCGUCGGAAAGACAGUACUAUGCAGCCGGAGUUCCCGGUUCGUUUCACGGUCGCGUGUUCCCUAAAGACUCCCUUCACUUUGCUUAUUCAUCUUGUGCGCUUACCUGGCUUUCUGAGAUUCCGAAGGAAGAGACAAGGGAUCCAACACUUCUUUCGGAAUCUCAGAAAGCCAGGAAUAGAAAUUUCAAUCAACUCGGAUGCAACAACAGACGCUCCUUAGUAUCUUGCAGCUACGGGAAUGGGGCUCCAAGGGUUCCCAAGAAGCGUCCCGAUGCCAAGUUUGGCUCGUAA